AAAUCCUGCCCAAGCCCACGGUGACGCCAAACCAAACCCUGGUGCUGGAGAACGGGACCUUCACCCUCACGUGUAACAGCUCCCCCAGCGCCGAGACCGUGCUCUGGCUCCGGGAUGGGUCGUCCUUCGCGCCCAGUGAGCGGGUGGUCCUGUCCCCUGACAACCGGACCCUCACAGUGCUGGGUGUCACCCGGGGCGACGCCGGCACCUACCAGUGCGAGGUCAGGAACCCCGUCAGCACCAACCGCAGCGAGCCCAGCACCGUGACGGUGGCCUAUGGGCCGGACUCAGCCAAGAUAGACCAGUCGGGAUCCAUUACCCUCGGGUCCCCUCUGACCCUGACGUGCGUCGCCGACUCCGUCCCAGCCCCGAGCUAUCGCUGGGUUCUCGACGGCACCGACACUAAAGAGACCGGGAGCAGCUUGACCUUUAACUCCAUUACUCAGGAUCACCAGGGCACGUACACGUGCCAGGCUCACAAUCCCAUCACCAACCUCACUGCCUCGGCAUCUGUGGCUGUGCGGUUAAGUGAGUCAGGCACCAGAAAAUGCCCUACCUGGGGGAGAGGCACGGCUGAGGCUGGGGCGAGGUGCAGGGGGAGCCAGGGCUGG